AUGAGUGCACCUCCAUCUCAUCUCUCGAGUGCUGUCAUUCCAGAGACUUGGCAGUACCACAAGGUUGACUGUGCGUUGUGCGGCGUCUUCCUGACGCGACAAGUACCACGACAGCCCGUGGACAAAAGAAGUGGCAGAGUCGACGAACAGGGUGUCGCCCAUGACUUCUUCGAAAAUCGAAAUACGGAGACACUCUGGCUAAAUCACGUACGCCUGCUGGGAGACGACCCGGCCAGCACGUACCCUUACAAUGUAACCUUGUCCGAUCUUGCCGGAGAUGAUGACCAAGAAGAGUCGUCAUUCGAGACUGCCACCGGUCUGUCGCUCAAAGCAUACUACCGCUGCGAAGGGCAUCCUUACUGGGUGCCUUUCCAUGAAGACUGCUACGAGCUUCUCCGCACAUAUGUGGGUGUGCCGGAGCUUGACAAGGAGAUACUGCACGAUGCUCUGUCGUCCUUGAGCAAUGACGAGGAUAGCAGCAGAACGUGGACAAAACUUAACAUCGGCUACGAAGGAACCGAUAAACUCGAUGCUUGGAGUUUUGUUCCGUUCCUUUCGGGCCUGGAGCACCUUGCCAUGUCCCCCGUGGCCAUAAAGCCCCUCGACGUCUAUCUCGCCGCACUCCCGCGCCUUCAAGACUCGCACGGAUACCAGUACCCAAGCAGGGUCUUCACGGUCAGAUACUCUGAUCCAUUCACCCGCCUAAGUGCGGAGGUGCUAGCCAUGAUAGCAUCCCAGAUGGACGUUGUGACGUUGAUGCAGUGGAGAAGGGCCUCGGCGAUGGCAGCAAACUGCCACCUCACCAACACAUCCUGGAAGAUACGCCUCUUCAAGGAUAUGCCGUUUCUGCGCGGCCUCAUUGAACCAGGGCGCUACGAGAGACAAGGCCCAGUCGACUGGGCGCAAGUCUUCAAAGAUCUUUGGGGGGCCAGCAAGCUGUCGGGGAAGACCCAGAUGCAUGGGCUCUCCAACCGCCGACGCAUUUGGGAAGACCAGUGUCCCGUUCUUGCCAGGGAGUAUGAGUUCAUGCGGGCUGGCAAGAAUGUCAACCUCAGAGCGCUCAUUCCCCAGCUUGAGAAGGUCUCCAUGCAAAGAUCCGGCUGUCUCGUGUUUCCCGAACCUCUGAAAAGGUCGAUAUACACACCGACGCUUCUGAAUAACUUGCCGGAACUCACGACAAUCGAGCCGAGUCUGAUGAUUGUCUGGACCGACCUGGGAACUCUGGCCGCCAUUGACAUCCUCCAGAAUGACUGGAUGGAGUCCUUUGCUCACCGCUACAAGGAAGACGACCCCCGUUGUGAGCGCAAGGCACGUUGUGAAGUGGUGAAGAUUCCCAGGAAUGACUGGGUGACGGGUUUUACCUUUUUCAUCCACCACCACGAAUUCAGAAGCAAAGAAAACGUGCGCGAGUCUCCUGAACCGGACGAGGAGGUCCCAGAAGAUCAAGACGACGAGUCUGAAAAGGGGCAAGAACUGGACGAUCCGGAACCAUUGCCGGUGCUUGGCGAUGACGGAGAGGAAAUGGACGUCGGAGAAGACGUGGACGAAGAAGAAGCGCAACGGUACGACGAGGACGACGAAGAGUCCGACGUGAUUCCGGGCGGACAAACCCUGGCCUCAUGUCGGGCAUCACAGUUGAAUCUGGCACCGCGGUACGACUACGAGCGUCGUAUUGUUGGCCUUGAGGUUCACCUCGCCACGGGAGACCGCAUCCGGCUGGGCCACGAGACCAAGGAGAGCCGCAUGGUACACGUCGACGCCGACAGUUUCGUCGUCGGCCUGUCGACCAAGCGCCGCACCAUCCGAGGCAUUGUGGCCCACGUGGACCUCAUACACACGCCCAUGACGGUACUCAACUGUCCCGACAUCAGCCGCGUCAUAGACCUGCGGUGGGCCGAUCAUGAGUUUGAUCCGUGCCAGCUCACGUGGAGACCGGAGCCGCCGCCGGCCGACAUGCGCCUCUGCAAACCCGUGCUCACAGGAGACCAGAGCCGCGAUUUUUUGCACGGGGAGGUGCUCAUCCUGGGCAAGUCCGAGGAAGAGCUGGCGAGAAUUACCGCCAUUCACGCAUCCGUGAGCCCGCUGUGCUUCCAGGUCGACUACCACGACGGCUCGUCUCGCCGCAUUGGUGCCGCCCUUGGAGACCACGCAGACACGUUUUCCAUUGAUGGCCAGAACGGCGAACGCAUCAUCCUUGUAUUCGUCGCACCCCCCGCGGCCGGCGGCUGGGGCAUACGCAUCGUCACAAACCGCGAGCGCCAGAUGAGUCUUGGGUGGCCAACCAUCGGUCACGAGGUCCGAUUCCCGCCAGAGAUCCUGCCCGGGGAACUGCUUCCUGUGCUGAGUGGCAUUUACUUGUUCUGGCGUACCAAACUGGACGCUUUUGGCACUCCUUUCUUGGCUGGCAUUGGUUAUAUGACUAGGAAUCACCAAUACGUCGAGGAACCGACGGGUUUGGUAAUGGCGGAGGAUACGGCGUUCGGCCUCGAUGAAGAUGCCGGGAUUCCACUAAUUCCAGCUUGGGCAGCCGAGCUGUUUCCGGGUGCCUUUGACUAUCAAGGUCUCUGA